CACACUGCUCCCUCGCUCGGUCAACGGGCCUACCUCUCUCUCUGUCUACCACGCGACGUACACAAAUAUGACUAACAGCCAGGGGCGCUAUCUCUCGGUAGGCCACCAUGAUGGUCAGCACGGCGUGAGGACGUCCGCUUUGUCUUCUUCCGCCGUCUGCUCUAAGAUGGGAUCAUCCCCGACCACCAGUGUGUCUUCCUCUAGUUCGUCGUCGUCAGAGAGCUCGCCUUCAUCCAGCUGCAGACAACACAGCACAGCACAGCACAGCACAGCACAGGGAUGCACGGCGAUCGAUGCAUCCAUAUGAGAAUGUGCGUGUGUGUGUGUGUGUACCUUUCUGGCGAGUACUGCGACGAAGACGCCUUCCCUGUUUGUGGUGAUGACCUUGUACCCCGCCCGCCGGAAGUACUUGGGGAGGUUGAUGGAACAGAAGUCCGCCAAAUAGGGCUCGAUGUAACCCGUGAUCUCGGGCACCUAUAUCACACAGACACACACACACACGCACGCACGCACACAAGCAGAUAGGCGUCUAUAUAUAUCGCUUCCCAGUGCGUGUGUGGCUCACGGCUAGCUGUCUUCUUAUUGUGGGCGACUCAGGGUCUUGGUCGACGAACAGGAAGCAGCCGCCCUUGCGCAGUAUGCGAUGCGCCUCCUUCAGUAUCUGCAAAACACACACAGAGAGAGAGAGAAAGGGCCGCACACGUAGACAUACUCGUUCGCAUGGUUGGUGGUGGGUGGGAAAGAAUCGACCCACGCACCCUGAAGGUGACCCCCUUGGGCAGCUCGUGCGCCACGGCGAACAUGGUGACCAUGUCGAACGUGUCAUUCUCGAAGAACGUCUUCUCGCCCGCCUCGUGGUGAAACACCAUAUUGGGAUACCGAUACCUGCACACACACACACACACACCAAUGAACACACAACACCUCCGCGCCUCCUCCCUUGUGUGUGCCGAUGCCCCCCACCUGGCGACAGCAAUCAUGUGUGGCGAGAGAUCCACCCCCUCCACCUCUGCGUUCGGAUAGCGCGCCUGCAGCAAUGCAGUCGAGUCGCCCGUCCCGCAGCCCACGUCAAGGAUGCGCUUGAUGCGCGACACCGGCACCAUGUCCGCCGUCGCAUUGACGUCCUCCUGGCCAGCCUGGUCCACCAGCACCGGCACAGCGGGCAGCAGAUGGUCGACGUGCACCGCCGCGCCCUCCUGCUGCCACUCGUCAAUCGACGGCACAUGUGUGGACGGGGGGCCGGCAGACUCGAUGUCGUCCUGCAGGCGGUUGAGAGCCUCCUUGCGGAAGCAGCGCACCCCUUGGAACAGCAUCAUGGUCGCACUCAUGGCCGCUGACUGCUCAACGGCCUGAGUGAUGCACAAGUUGCCUCCCAGAAUGCCGUGGAUGGGCGCCUCGAAGUAGGCCGGGAUGACCGUCCGCCCGUCCGUCGCAUUGCGGACCCUCUCCGACCAGUCGAUCCACUUGAAAUAGUCUGAUUCCUCCCAGUUGAUGCCUCUCGCCCCUGAGGCCGCCUUCAUGUGGUCCCGGAAACCGCGCAACACCGCCCGCAGGAAGAGCGACUCGGGCCACAUCCUGCGCAAUCUUUCCCUCAGCAGCCGUGCCCCACCCCGCUGUCGCAAGCCCUUGGAUGGGGCGAGCCUCUUGAAGAGGCGGCGCCAGAACGGCCGGCGGAUGGGCUUGGCGGAUAGUGCAGGCGCCUCCACUCCUUCUGUUUCAUUGAGCAGCAUGAGGGUCGCCCCGUACUCGUACGCAGCAGCUUCCUCCAGGUCUUCAGGCAACGGAGGAGGCUCCGGCUCGCCGUCGGUCUGCUUGUCGGUGUCGCAUUUGCGUCGAUAGCGAAAGGGCAGCCACGUCUUGGCAUGGAGAGGGAACGCAUCAUCAUCCUUGUGUCGCGUCGAAGAUGGAUGGCGCGGUGACCACCGGGAGGGCGGGCGACUGCCAGCGGGAUGCAACAGAGGGGAGGGCGGGAUGAGGGAGAGCUGAUGGGAGGGGAAGAUGGCGGCUGCGAAGGCGGACCUCCACGACACAACCAUCAGCAGGGGCGCCAUGAUCCAUCGGUGAUGUCGUUGCCGAAGUCGCCUCUCUCUCAUGUUUUCUGUUUGAUGAGGGCUCUCGCUGCGUCGCUGUCUGUCCGAAUUCAUGAGCACGAAGAAAAGUCGGC